AUGGCUAGACUAUUAAGACACGAUAUGGGAGCCAGAAACCUUAUUACGUUCCCUUAUCUAAUUAAUUCCACUAUAGACUCUCGAUCCCCCACUAAUAUCGCCAACGCGCUUAUAGAAGCUCAGGAUAACUAUAUCUUUAAAGACGCCACCGAAGUCAUUAAAGCUAUUAAAGAUCCCGUUACCGAAGUCAUUAAAGCUAUCAAAGAUCCCGCCACCGAAGUCAUCGAAGCUUCUACUACCAAAGUCAUCAAAGCUCCCACCGCCGAAGUUAUCGAAGCUCCUACCGCCGAAGUUAUCGAAGCUCCUACCGCCAAAGUCAUCGAAGCUCCCACCGCCAAAGUCAUCAAAGCUCCUACUGCCAAAGUUAUUAAAGCUCCUACCGCCAAUACCAUUAAAGCUCUAGCUAAAGGUACUACCGCUCCCGCUACUAUAGCCACUCUAGCUAAAAGCACUACCGUUCCUAUCAUUCCGAUUACCAUAACCAAACCUGAGCCACCGGCACGUAUUACGCUAGUUCACGAGGUCAUCCCUAAGGCUUUCACGAUCGUCCACGCCGCCAAAUACGGCCCCUUACCAGAAGCUUUUGGCUACCAAACCACUAACCCAAAGGCUAAUAACUAUUUCGACGCUACGGAUAAGGCAUAUAUCAUAUUUCACAUAAAGAAGCUAAACGCCACCGGUACCAAUAUCCCAUACAUGAAUACGCGCGAUUACUCGAAAUACCUCAAAUCCCUCUCUAAGGAGAUCCUCUCUACUAAGCGGCAGAAAGAACCCAUAUUCACGUUCUUCCUAGUUAUUAAUAAUGCCGCUUAUAGAAUAAAGAUAUUCGGAAAGCUCAAGAAUAAGAUUCUCAAGAACUCAAAGCUUAAUCGUCCUAAGGCAGGUAACAUAGUUCGUAUCCGCAUUCCAUUCGACGUCCCCGACUGCCCAGAAUACACAGGCAAAAAUACUAAGCGCCCACGUAUAUUCCCUCAAGAUUUCAAUAAUAAUGGCACCUUCCGUGAGGAUUUCAAUAACAAUACACAAGAAGCAGCCGAGGUCCGUCGGGAGAUCUCUACAGAAGCCAUAGCUAAAGAAGAGCUACGCUAG